GCUAGGCCUCACUGCGCAGGCGUGGGCGCUAGUGCCGGCGUGGUUCUGCCGAGCCCAAGAGUCUAGGAGCUUCAGGAAUGAGCGCUGCGGAGGCUGACCGCUGGGCGUGGCUGCUGGUACUCAGCUUUGUGUUUGGGUGCAAUGUCCUCAGGAUCCUCCUCCCGUCUUUCUCCUCCUUCAUGUCCAGGGUGCUGCAGAAGGAUGCAGAGCAGGAGUCUCAGAUGAGAGCAGAGAUCCAGGACAUGAAGCAAGAGCUCUCCACUGUCAACAUGAUGGACGAGUUCGCCAGAUACGCCAGGCUGGAGAGAAAGAUCAACAAGAUGACAGAUAAGCUCAAAACUCAUGUGAAAUCACGGACAGCUCAGUUGGCCAAGAUAAAGUGGGUUAUGAGUGUUGCUUUCUACGUACUGCAAGCUGCCCUGAUGGUCUCCCUCAUUUGGAAGUAUUAUUCUGUUCCUGUGGCCGUGGUGCCGAGUAAAUGGAUAACUCCGCUAGACCGCCUGGUAGCAUUUCCCACUCGAGUAGCAGGUGGCGUUGGGAUUACCUGCUGGAUUUUAGUCUGCAACAAAGUUGUGGCUAUUGUGCUUCACCCUUUCAGCUGAAAAGGAAGGCGAAUACAGCUCUGAUACUUUUAAAAAUGGAUUUUUGGUUAAAAAUCUGGCUUAACUGUUUUAUUGUUUUGCUUUUUUUUAAAAAGGAAAACACAGGUUAGUUCUUCUGCUGAAUGUGCUUGUUCUUGGACUUUAUGUGAGAUUCUUAUAAGAAUCACGAUGUGUACACUUGUUGUUGAGUCAGCUUCGUGCAGAUCUGUGGUAAGAAAUAUGUGGCAUUAUGGGCAGCCACAAGUUGCUACUCAUGGUUUGCAGUCUUGGCAUAUUUUAAAGGUCACAUUGCCAACUGGAAAGUCAAACUUUUCUAAUAACUUAAGUACUUUAAAGACUUCAUAUUAUUUUUUAACCCGGGUUAGAAAGCAACUUAUUACUAUCACUGGUAGGAUUUGAAAGGGUGUUUUUAAUGUCAUGCAGCGCUGCUGAAUGAAUGACACUAACCGACAAAGCCUGUGCCUCUCCUCUGGUUGGAGUGACCCUGGCUGAGCAGGCCUUUGGAAAGCGCUGUCUACUUAUCUGAUGCUCUUCAUUCUUCAUUUCCGGGUUUUAUAAUUGUAUUAAUGAAACCAUAAUGCAUUGUUUUGUGCUUGAUUUGUGUGUUUUGUAUUUAAAGCAUUUCAAAUGAAGUGUAUUUUAUAAGCAUUUAAUAUUUAUAUUCCAUAGAAUGGAACAAAGUUAAAAAAACAAACUAGGAAACCUGAUGAAUUAAUUCACGGAUACAUGUUUGACCCAUAAAGUAUAAUUCUGCUAAAUACUUUUUAAAACACUUUUUUCCUAAUUAAAACCCAUGCAAGUGCCUGUAUGACUUCCUUCUUUAAAGAUCAUGUUUGUAUUCAUGUGUCCCUAUGACCCAGCAAGGGGCUCUUUCCGAUUCCUGCUGAUCAUGCCAUGAAAAGACACCGUGCUGUGUUACUUCACUUUAUCAUCGAUCGAGGAGUGGGUUUCUGGUUGCCCCCAUCACUCAGACGGGUGCGGUAGCAAGUUGACGUGGCUCUAAGGAAGGAGGCAGGACAGGGAACACGGUGUGUUUUAACAGACAGCCUCAUGGGACUCAGUCCCCACACGGGGCACAUGCUGGCCACAGGGAAGCGAAGCCAUCCUGGGAGGCAGACGGUGGUAGCACGAGGAAGUUGCAGGGUCCGGUGCCCUUUUGCAGUGAGCUGCAGGCGUCAAGGGCGGGCCGUGCAGUCAACACUCGGGUGGCCCUGUGCACGUGCCCAGAGACGUCCUUGGAACACUAAUCUGAUAGUCUCCCUGAUGAGACCCUCAUUUGUCUCCUAAGGAUACAUUCUUUCAGUUAAUACUGCAAUCUUGACAGAUCUCAUAGAGGCUUGAGGAAAAGAUUUACAGUUCACAGCUGUUAAUGCUUCUGUAUACACUAGUAGUUAAUGAAGAGUAUGGUAAAUAGGGGAAAUUUAAAUGUCUGUCGUAUUUCACAUCGUUGUGGUUUUUCAAAAACUAUUUGUUUUUAAAUAGAUAAAUGUGAUACUGAAUUCAAAAGAUACAGAAAGGGAUGAAAUGAAAAGUAUAUCUUUUUCCGACCCUUUUACUGAUUUGUUGCCCAAGUUUCCAGUUUUCCACUGUUACCAGUUUCCUAUGAUUCUUCUGAUGAUAUUCCAUACAGUUAUGAAUAUUGAUUUGUGUGCUUUCAAAAUAAAAUCCUUUUUGAAUUAUAAAAAUAGUACCUAAAAAAAUAACUGUUUCCUUCCUUUUUUUAAAAAAAAAAAUCCUACUU